GUAUGUCAAAAAACGCCAUCUACCUAAAGGCACAAAGCGAACCGAUAGGAGUCCGUUGCAGACGAAAUCUAGCCUCAGCCUCGACCGGAUAUCUUUUUAAACAAAAAUUAUGAUGGCAAGUAAAGGUUGGAAGGUAGUACAGCCUCAUGUACCGAUGAUUAAAUUCCGUAAGGGUGGAACCGAUAGAGCAACCGCAGGUGCAACCGCCACAUCGCCUGCGCAAUCAGGGGCGGCUUCGUUUCAACAAAAUGCUGCUCGUUCGACGGGCCCAAAUGUGACCGUUCUACCGACCAUAGAGGACAUUUAUCUGCCACCACGGUUUCAAAGGCGACCCAUAGACGAGAAAGAAAUUGCAUAUAUCAAUAGAGGCGGUCCAGAAUAAAUACCUUAAGUAACCGGUGGGGAGCAUCAUCGGCACUAGAGCUUUCUAAGUUAUUUCCUUCAUACGCCUUUCUGUACAAUGUGUUCUAUAAUAAAUAAAAGCAAGACGACUAGCUACAA